AUGCCUUUAGAAUCUAUAUGGGCCGAUGUACCUGACGAAGAACCAAUAAAGAAGCAGAAACCAAGUCACAAGCGGAGUAAUAAUAAUAACAAGAAUAAUAAUACCAGGAGAAGUAGUGAUUCCAGUUCAAACAAUAAGAAAAAGGACACUAUAAACAAAGUGAAAAAUAAUAAAAGAAACUAUGAAAGUAAGACAAAGAAUAAAAUAAAAGAAACUCCUUCCAGAGAAAAGAAUACACCUCAUAGCCAGGGCAAAAUAUCGCCUGUAAGUGAAUCAUUGGCGAUAAAUCCUUUCUCCCAGAAGGCAACUGAGGUAUCUCCUCCGCCAAUUUCACCCAGCAAAAUGAAACCUACUAAAACACAAUCCAAACUGGAUACCCCUUCCAAGAUGAAACUAUUAAAAAAGAAGAUCGAAGAGCAAAGAGAAAUAUUGCAAAAGACACAUCACAAGAACCAACAGCAACAAGUGUUGAUGGAUUUCUUGAACGAUGAGGGGAGCUCCAACUGGGUUGACGAUGAUGAAGAGGAGCUGAUCCUUCAGCGUUUGAAGACCUCUUUGAAAAUAUGA